AACCACAAUAUUUGGCUGCCAUUGUUUUCUCACAAAUAAUAAUAGAUACUUGCAAAACAAAGGGAACAACGAUGGCUGCAUCAAUAGCAAGCGCAAGAGUAAUUAGUCCUUCUAGAGCUGAAGGCCAAGAUCAGGACCACAAUGGUAUCCAUGGUUUGCAUUUGCUGUCUAAUGUUGUUGAUACCUUUCUUCAUCACGACAAUGCGAAAACUGAACAGAGCCAAUACCUCAUUCCAAUCGAAAGUCGCCACUAUGGCGUUCCAAGAGUGUCAGCAUGUCCCUCUCCAACAGAGGAUGUACUGGGUCGUAGAAUAAACGCAUUCGUAUCUUCCCAGGAUAGAUCAUGGAGCAUCGAACACUUGAAAAGCGCUCUACAACUACCAGUCUCUCAUCCUAAUGAGUUUCGUUUCAGGAACGCAGCCAUUGCAAGCUUCUCCGAGAUGGUAUCUAAUUGCCCACCUCCUAUUGCUAUAGGUAUCGACGGCCUAAAAUUCAUCAGAUCUAAUCUAGUUCCACCAUCCCCUCCCAUUUCCCCCCAAGAUGCCUCUCUUCACGAAAAGUUUCCUAUCCGUCAUUCACAAGAGAUUCUCACACAGCAAGCGCAAGGACUUGCCGAGGAUCCAACUCUUGAUGCAUCUCUGAAACGAAAACAAAACUUUAAUGCAAACCGUGGUCCACUUCGGAAAAGAAUCAAGAGUGCUUACAAAAACUGCUCAGUCCGUGAAGUCAAGAAAACAUCCGUUCCAGCCUUGAAAACGAAUUGCGAUGGCGACGGUACGAAGAUAAGCAUAGCAGAACUCAAUUAUAUCAAACACAAGGCUGUUCCGAUGAGGGAAAAAUGGAUGGCACGCUUCUCGGAGCUAGCUGAAUUCAAAAAGAAAUUCGGUCACACAAAAGUGCCUCACAACUUUCCCGAUUCUCCCAAACUAGCCGAGUGGCAGGUACGUUCCAUCGAAUGUUGGUCUAGAUGUUCUUGUGAAUGAUGUUUUUGGAAUCCUUUUUGCUAAUUCAAUCACUCACAUCCACGUGAUCCUAACCUUGAUUCAACAGAAAUUUCAAAGACAACAGCGCAAACUGUUCGUGAAAGGGAAGCAUUCUCAGCUCACUCCCGAGCGAGUAGCUAUGUUGGAAAAGAUUGGAUUCGUCUGGGAAGCACGCAUCGACGCCUGGGAGUCUCACUACCAAAAUCUGAAACGUUUUAAGGGAUCAAAUGGACAUCUAUACGUUCCUGUUGCAAAUACCGUUUUGAGCCAAUGGGUGAAGCGACAAAGGAAGCAGUACAAGAAAUAUCAAAAGAGUCAAGAAAGUUCACUGACAACUGACCGAGUAGAUCGUCUGAAUCAACUCGGCUUCAUUUGGGACGGACGUAACGUAACUGACUAAGGUUGAUUCGACGAAGAAAAGACAAUCUGCACCGAGUACAGUAAACAGUUAUGUUGUAAAAUACUUUAAUAAUUAUGUACAUUAUCCGCAUAAUUUUUUCAUUUGAAUUCACGAAGAAUCAAGAAGGAGUUAUAUUUCGUUUCAAAGUGUAAACAGAGCAAUCAUAUUACGAAAGAGAUGCAACCUGACGGAAUCACUGAGCAAGUAUUACUGUGAUCCGAUUUCCAUCCGUUUGAUUUGACGGUCAAUAAAUACGGUCUGGGUCUGUUGAUUGUAUUGCGCAAAGAAUGGUCUAGGCAGACCUUCACAGUGCAUUCUCAUCUUGAUCUUCGCAUCUGACAAACUAUCAGCAAGAAAAUAUAAUGGCUGAUAUGUUGUUAUUGGAAAUUCUUUCAAAGCUGCCCUGGAUGGAUCCCAUGGUUCGAUCUGUGGCUUUGGUUCGUCGUCGUUACCAGCCUCUCCACACGCAUACUCGAGUUCUCCAAAGCUUGAAAGCAAACCAGCACCGUAGGCUUUCAUUUGAUCCUUGCCUGUUUUGGGAUCAAAUUCUCUACAAAGACCAAACUCGACGCUAAACCAAUAGCAUCGAGCUAGUUUCUCUAUGUCUUCGUCGCUUGCUCCAAGACUAGCCAACCCGAUUUCUUGACUGAAGUCGCAAAAAUCUUUGUUGGCAAACAUUGGGGCAUGCCCAAGAAGUUCAUGGCAAAUGUCGGGCUCUGGGGUGUACAGAGGCCUAGAAUGAUGCUGUUUCGUGUAGCGACAUAAAGAUGGUAAAUAUCAGACUUUUGAUUUGAAGAAAUGAGAAGCCACUUUUGGAAAUCAAUUCGGUCAACUCACUCGAAUGUAUUGCGUGCAAAAGAAUGUUCUGUGAGCAAGGCCAUUCAGAAAAUCUCUAGACGACAAAAGACCAGCAACGGGGCGGAGUUUGAAAUUUGUUGUUGACUCAAGAAAACUUGAAAUGUCACUUUGUCUAGGUAUACUUGUGCGAUUAUAAUUGCAAUUUUUGAUCAUGAGAUCUAAGGAAUGAAGAUAUUCCUUGCACGCAUACUUGUCCCAUAGAUUUUCCAUUUGAUCCCAUACCUACGGCGAAAGAACAACGAAAAGGUUUCAAGUUCGAAAUAACGCUCAGAAAACACAAGUAGACGUAGAGUUUACAAUGUUCGAAAACCCAUCACUAUUCUAUCGAUGGAAGGACAGGAACGUACCGCAGUCCAGCAUUUUAUCUCAUUUUCUGUGUAGUCAAUGUCGGCGAUAGGUUGGUCCCAGCGAUGAUUCAUAGCGAAAUUUGCCAACUCUUCUCGGCGUUGGCGAUAAUUUUCAUCGUGGAAUCCUGGGUGAUCUGCUUCCAGGUCAGUGCCAGCAUCCAACACACGGUUGGCAACCAUGUCGAGCUCGGAAAUGUGUCGUGGGAACCAAGCAACUUUACCAAACAAAGCGUUUGAAUAAAGUUUUGUGUAUUUUGACAACCAUAAAUUGAAAGCAAAAAUGGGUUCUCAAGUGUCAAAUAAUAGUUGCAAUGGAUAAGAGAAACCAAGAUAUCUGUCUCACCUUCUUUUUCACCAAGAGUGAGCAGCUUCUUCACUCCAAAAUCUUUCAGACUCACUAGAAGAUGAUUGAGUCUUUGAUCUCCCUCGUCCACCACGCUUCCUUCCACAUCGACGAAAAAGUCAAACCGUCCAAACUUUGAAGGGCGUGAUUCUAUCCUUCGAAUAUUCAAGUCGUACUUCCAGAAAAAGCGUAAAACGUCGUGCAACACUCCAACACGGUCUGGCAAUUCCAUGAGUAGAGAUGUAAGGUUUUGUUCUUCUUCGGAUCUCAAGGUCUUGGUUUGAUUAUCUCUCCAAUCUGCCGAAGAAAUAUCGAAAGAAUCAACGCUCUCCACUUGAAAUAGUCGAGAAUCGAUAUCGUAAUCUUCAUCCUUUGCCAGAGAGGAAAAAUUCUUCAGGGAUCUGCAGCCAUGUGCUGCCGCAAAGGGCCUGUUGGAAAUUUGGCCCAGUAGUCGAGACGCAAAGGGUCGCAACAACCGCAUUGUCUUACGCUGAUUAGAGUUUGAGGAGACUUCUUGAAUUGUAAUAUAAUAAUAGCUUUGUUAGGGAGAGGCAAUGACAACUGAAUAUAAAUACGAACCCGAA